AUGGAUAACGACAAUGGGGAGCAAUUCCUCCAAAUGGUGGUCCCAGUGUUUUCCAAGAGUGGUGUCUGUUUUGCCUUCAUUGAAAAAAUCCCUGAACCUGCUCUUGGAUCUGAUAUUGAAGACAUGGUGAAGAAGGGUGCAGGAAUACAUGAUAAAAUUGUGGAAAGCACAGCCAAUGUAUUGGUGGCCAAUGGAGAAUCCUAUUCCAUGGCAUUUUAUAGGUUCUUACCAUAUCUAUCAGAACGAGAACAUGUGGCAAAUGCACCAAUUGGUAAAGUAAUGAUUGUGACAGCUCAGGCACAGCCUGUAUCUGUGUGCAGUGAGAGCUGCAAUCCUGGUUCUGUAAAGAAGGUUAAGGAAGGGGAGCCAUUUUGCUGCUAUGAUUGCGUGCCAUGUCCCAAAGGGAAGAUUUCGAGCAAGAAGGAUAUGCAUCACUGUUAUCCAUGUGAAGAUGAAAAGUACCCAAGCAAGCACCAGGAUUUCUGUAUUCCCAAGUCAGUGAACUUCUUGUCUUAUGAAGAAACUUUGGGCAUCAUUUUAACCUCUUCUAUUAUUCUUUUCUGCUUGAUAACGGCUCUGGUGCUAGGAAUAUUUCAGAAGCAUCAUGAGAUGCCCAUUGUCAAAGCCAACAACCGGCACCUCACCUACGCUUUCCUCGUCUCCCUCCUGCUCUGUUUCCUCUGCACACUGCUCUUCAUCGGCCAGCCGCACAAGGUGACAUGCCUCCUGCGACAAACUGCUUUUGGCAUCAUCUUCUCAGUGGCCGUGUCUUGUGUGCUCACAAAGACAGUCAUGGUGGUUUUGGCCUUCAGAGCCACCAAACCAGGAUGCAAGAUGAGGAAGUGGAUGGGGAAAAGACUGGCCAACACUCUCCUUCUUUCCUGCUGUCUUCUUCAGGCUGGGAUCUGUCUUGCCUGGUUGGCAACUUCUCCUCCUUUUCCAGAUAUUGACAUGCAUUCCGUGGCUGAAGAAAUCAUUCUGGAAUGUAACGAGGGAUCCAUGAUGAUGUUCUACUGUGUCCUGGGCUAUCUGGGCUUCCUGGCAAUGGUCAGCUUCAUGGUGGCUUUCCUAGCCAGGAAGCUGCCAGACAGUUUCAAUGAGGCCAAGUUUAUCACUUUCAGCAUGUUAGUCUUUUGCAGUGUGUGGUUAUCCUUUGUGCCUUCCUACCUGAGCAACAAAGGGAAAUACCUUGUGACUGUAGAGAUCUUUUCUAUCUUAGCCUCCAGUUCUGGCCUGCUGGUUUGCAUCUUCUUCCCCAAAUGUUACAUCAUUUUGCUGAGACCUGAGUUGAACAAGAAGGAAAAUCUAAUAAGGAGAACAGAUUAA